AUGUCUGAUAAAAAAGGCCUAAAUUUCCACUAAUAAUUAAAGUUAAGCCCUCUAUAAUAAUAUUAUAAACUCGGCCGUUUUCCUUGGCGAUUUAUUGUUCAUAUAUUUUUAGUAGUAUUUUCUACAUAUAUGCUUUUGAUAAUGUUUAAUUUACAAGUUUCGCACUCCCGUUCUUAACAUUAGACUUUAAAACAUAUAUUAUUGAAAUCUGAUGAAUAAUCUAACUCUAAAUAACUUUAUAAAUUGAGUGAUUUUUAAGAUACUUUUAAUAAUAUAGCAAGUGAUAUUUUAAGUUUAAAUGAUUAGAUGAUUCGUUUAGUAAAUUUAGAAUAAAUAUAUUUCGAGAUGAUUAUAUAUUAUAAAUAAUUCAACACGGAUAUUAUUGGAUAGAAUGUAAUUUAAAUUUCUAAAGAAGACCUUAUAAAUGGGAUAAAAUAACCUUUUGAUAUAAAAAAUGAAGAUAGUGUAAGGAAAUUUAUUAAUAAUGUUAAUAGAAUUGAUUUAGUAGCUCAUAACAUAACUUCAUAGGAAGAAAAAAUAUGCUAUAAAUGGAAAAUAAUAAUUUAAUAUGAAUUCUAAUAAUAUGCAAAUUUCGUGACUACGUUGGAUACGUAAAUUUAUUUGUGUAAUAAAGAAGAUUAUAUAAAUGAUACUAAUUAUGUCUUUUUAGAUUCAAUAGUGAUUAUAUUAGCAUCUAUAUCUUUUGGACUUUCUUUUAAAUAAAUAUACGAUGUUUUUAUGAUGUUUAUUAACCAAAAAAUUAACUAUGAAAAAGCAAAAUAAUAAAUUUAGCAUUUGAAAUUAAGAAAAGAUAAAUAAAGUAUAGAUCUAUUGAGAUAAUAAUACAAUUAUUUAAUAAAAUAAAGAACAAAUGAUGAAGAUAUUGAAGAUGAAGAUGAAGAAGAAUUAAAUAAUAUUAUAGAAAACGAUAAAAAAUAUGAAGAAGUUGAGCAAGUGAAUUUCUAAAAAAUUAAAAAAAUAAUAAUUUGGAUAAUAAUAAGUAUGAUAGGAAAUAUAAUUUUAAUAAUAGGCUGCUUAUUAGCAUUAAUAGAUAAUAAUUCAAAAUAUAGUUUUUCCCUAAUAAGAUAUAGAGAACCUAUUAUUGGAACUGGAUGUACUAUUUCAUGGAUUGUUAUGUUAUAUUAUUUAUCAUAUUAUAGGGGUAUUAAUUUAAUGGCAUCUACUAUUUCAAAAGCUUAUUCGAAUAUAUUUAUGUUUUUUUUAGGCGUAAUGCCUUUAUUUUGUGCUUUUGUAUUUUUAGCUUAAUGUAUUUUUUGGAAAUAUGAAAUGUUUUAAGAUACUUAGACUACUAUUAUGACUCUAUUUUCAUUGUGUAAUGGGGAUAGUGUAAAUGAUAUUUUUUUGGCAACUUCUUAUGAUGGGUUUUUAAGUUAGACUUUUAUCAUUGUUUUUAUGAUUUUUUUUUUUACAGCUGUUUAAAAUAUUUUUAUUAUUAUUGUCAUGGACGGAUAUGAAAGUUAUAAAAAUGAGAAAUAAAAGAAUAAAAAAUAAAAAAUUAAAUAAAAUUAAUAAAUUAAUUCAAGAGAUGAUUUUUAUGAUAAUUUUGAAAAUAAUUAGUUAGAUGUUAUUAAAAAAGAAGAAAAUGAUAAAGAAAUUGUGAUUGGGAAAUUGAAAAUUAAUAAAAAAAGAGUCAAACUUAUUUUGUAAGAAAUGGAUAAUAUUUAUUAAGAUUUAUAAAAUAAUAAAAAUAUGAAGCCUACUGAUAUAGAAUAUCUUAAGAAAGUUUAUAAAGAUAAUAUGGAAAAUUUAAAUAGAAACUUGAAAUUUUAACUUGAUUGCUUCGCUAAAUGA